AUGUUUUUCUUGGCUAAGAACGCACUAAGUCGUCUCCAAGUUCGAUACAUUCAGCAAACAAUGGCAAGGGCGAGCCACCAGAAACGAACACCUGAUUUUCUUGAUAAAUAUGGUAAUGCUGUAUUAGCUAGCGUCGCCCAUGGAGCCACUUUCUGUAUUGCUGUAUGCACAUAUGCAGUGACACAAAAUGGGAUAGAAUGGAACCUGUCCCCUGUUGGCAGAGUCACCCCAAAGGAAUGGAGAGAUCAGUAA